AUGGCGGGGCGGCAGAAGGCGGCGGCGGCCGCGGGCAAGCGCGGGCCACCCGCCGCGCUCCUCAGCCCGCCCUCCUCGGAGGACGAGGCCCCGGAGGAGGUGUCCUUUGGCGUGGCGAGGGAGGCGGCCGAGACGCAACGGAAGCUCGUGGGGGCGGCGGCCCGGAGGCACCGGGAGCUGCUGAAGGAGAAGCGGCGGCGGCGCCAGGAGCUGUUCGCGGAGCAGAAGAAACGGAAGCUGCUCCCCGAGGCCGUGCUGCAGGAGCUGGCCGCCGCGCCGCCCGCAGGGGCGGAGGCGCAGGCAGCGGCAGCGGACCGAGGUAAACGCCGUGGAGGUGGGGCUGCAAAGCAGAGACAAGGCCAAGCCCAAAGGCAGGUGAAGAAAAAUGAGCGAAGAAAGGGGGGUGCCAGGUCAGAGGGAAACUAUAUGGCUGUGCGCUUAAAAGAUCAGAGUUUAAUAGGCCUCCACCAACAGCUGGCCAAAGACUUCUUAAACACUCAACUCUACGGACCAGGCACCAACCGGGUACAGGCAAAUGAAUUUUUCUCCCUUGAAAACAAGAAAAACCCAGUUAAAAAAGCUGCAGUUCAGUUUGUGGACCAAUCUUGGGGGCAAGAAAAAAAGCAAAGAGCAAUGAGGUUUAAAAAACGUUGGCUCGCAACACAGAUUAAAAGAAGUGGAGUAUGAAGACAGCUUUUUCAGAAGAUGCAGUUAAGGACUUCUUUUGCUGAAAGUCUCUCAGCACAACAAAGAUUUUUUUUUUCCCCCCUUCUCCAUCCUUACUCCACUUUCAGCUCUAGCCAGCAGCCACCAGAAGGCACCACCCUUCCCAAAGCUGUGCCCACACUGACUUCCCUGUUCUCUUGGUUGGGGAAGCUAAGAAAGCGCUGGGCCAGGGCAGUGACUGUGUCCUUAACACUGACUUAGAACAGCUGGCCUUACACCCAGGCUUGUAGAGCUGCCUCCAUCAGACAGCUCCUUUGCAGAGAAUAAAGAGAAACGAUGUUGUACUUGC